AUGUUAUCCUCAUUCGCUCCCUACCUCUCAAAUCCUCGCCAAACCCUCUCACAAGUCCUGAACUUCGCCCUUGUCCUAUCCACGGCCUUUAUGCUAUGGAAAUCCCUCUCAGUCAUCUCAGACUCUCCAUCGCCAAUUGUGGUCGUUCUCAGUGGUUCGAUGGAGCCAGCUUUCCAGCGUGGUGACCUGCUCUUCCUGUGGAAUCGAGACAAGACGGCGGAGGUGGGAGAAAUCGUGGUGUACAAUGUCAAGGGCAAGGACAUUCCAAUUGUUCACCGUGUUGUUCGCAGUUACGCCCCAGUGGCUUCUGUCGAGGUAGACAAGAGUGGUCACAUGUCUGAGUCUUCGCCCAAACUCCUGACAAAAGGCGACAACAACAUCGCGGACGAUACCGAGCUCUACGCACGCGGACAAAGCUACCUGGACAGAAAAGAAGACAUCAUCGGGAGCGUGCGCGGCUAUGUACCAGCAGUGGGAUAUGUCACAAUUAUGCUCAGUGAGCAUCCAUGGCUAAAGAGUGUCAUGCUGGGAAUCAUGGGGGUGAUGGUUAUCCUGCAAAGAGAAUAG